AUGGCUAGCUACCACUACCUGAGCUAUGUAGAUCUCUACAAAAUCAACAACAUUAACUUGGACCCCUUCACGGAGGUCUUCAACGACAAGUUCUACCUGAGGUAUAUUUACAAGUGGCCCCACAUGAAUAUAGUGACAAAGGAGAUGGACGACCAUAUAAGUGGCUACAUCAUCGGCAAGGAAGAAGGACUAGGAUCCAACUACCACGGACACGUGACCGCCUUAUCCAUCGAGGAGGACAGUCGAAGAACGGGCAAGGGGAUAGACCUAAUGAAUGAAUUUGAAAGGAUAUCCAAAUAUAUCCACGUGGCAAACUUUGUGGACCUCUUUGUUCGCAUCACAAACGAGCCAGCCAUUAACAUGUAUAGGAAGCUCGGUUACGUCGUCAACGAAGAGAUUGUAAACUACUACUGUGGCAAUGAGAGUGCCCUGGACAUGCGUAAGUACCUGGACGUGCGGCCGGGCGCCUGCGUGAAGUGA